AUGAAAAACAUUAAAAACAUUGUUAUAAAAAUCGCUGACAAAGAAUUCAAUCAAUUGCUUAAUGUUGACCUAAAAUUAUCAAAAGUUCGUAUAUUUAUCUUAAAAAAUCCUAAAAUUCGAAGUCAUAUUCGUUACCCUGAAAAUACUUUAAUCUUUCAACAUAACGAUAUUAAUAUAGAUAUAAACAAAGAAAGCAAAGCUUUGUCAGAGAUUCUUGUUGGUAAUGAAUUAUUUAUUACAUUCACAAACAAUGAACCUACUGAUGUUUCAUUUCAAAUUGAAGAAGAAAAGCAUUUUGAGGAGUUACCUUUAAAUAUGAAAUUGGACGAAGUUAGAUCAUUCGUUUUAAAUAAACGUUUAGAGGGAACUAAAAAGGCUCCCAGGAAAGCAAUUACAAUUCAUGAACCCAGAUCCGAAAAAUCUAAUCCACGAUUAACGGGGUUCGUUAAAGAAUGUAAUAACGAACGGGAAAAUUUAUAUGGACGUAACAUAGUUUUUGGCGGCAAAAUAUUAUCACCAUGGCUAUCAUUUGGUAUGGAUUUAAAAAGGUCAAUUGGGUUUGAAAAGAAAUUGGAUACAGCUACUUCAUAUUCAAUUCAGAAAUCAGAAUAUGCGUCAAUUGAAUUUACAGAAUCAAAUUAUUAUUUAAAACCUGAAUUUGAAAAUGAUGUUGAAUCUGCAGUUAAUCCAAAGUUAUCAUUAGAAGAAAAACGUGAAAAACUUGAGGGAAUCAUUGAAAAUUAUGGUCAAUUUAUAUCCAAAAAAAUUGUUUUUGGUGGUAAAAUUAUAAAACAACGUACAAGUGAAGCAAAUAAAGUUGGAGUAUCAUCUUCAAAUACAAAAGGUGCCGAAUCAAAUAUAAACCCCCCAGGAAUUGUUGGUGCAUCUGCAUCUGCAAAUAAAACAAAGUCAGUAAAUGAUAUUACAAGAUCAAUUAAAACUGAAUCAUUUGAACAUACAAUAGGAGGAAAAAAAAGUGCAUGUUUAGAUGAUUGGUAUGAAUCUCUUCGUGAUCCUGAUCAGUGGGAUAUAAUUGAAUACAAUGAUAUUAUACCUAUAUUUGAAAUAUUACCAGAUGAUUUAAAAGAACAAGUAUUGAAAAUCUUUGGCCAAAAAAUACUUGAUGUUAAAACUUGCGGAAUUGUCUAUGAUACUGAAAAAAAAAAAAAUAAGGCUUAUGUUCAUAAAUUGGAGCAUGAUAUUCCAGAUAUUGAAAAUACUAGAAUUGAAUAUAUCGGGAAAAAAAGUCCUGCAAUUGUAAUUCACAAAAUUAAUAAAGAUAAAUCAAAGGAUAAACAUUACUUAAAAAUUAGUUAUAUAAUCAUUGGAUAUGGGUUUAGAUCUAAACUUGGUUUAGAUGUUAAAUUUAUUGGUGAAGAAAAGCAAAUUAAACGUGAUAAUAAUAGAUUUAUUGCAGAAAUUGAAAGACCAACAAAUGAAGGAUCAAUAAUUGGAUCUUGUGUGAUUAAAUCAUAUCAAAAUCCAACUAAUCCAGAGGAUUCAAAAAUUAUCAGUUUACAUUUUCAUCCAUCAGAUAAAAAAGUCUGUAUUCACACUUAUGACCUUAAUACCAAAGAAAUAAUUGAACCUCCCUUGAAUGAUUGUUAUAUUCAUUAUAGUGCAUUUGAAUUCUCGGGAUCUGGUGAACCUUAUGGUAAAACAAGGCUUGCUUUUAACUAUGAUAAAAAAUUUUUUAAAAUUAAUAAAAACUCUAUGUGGAUAAAAUAUGACAACUGCACACAAAAUCAGUCGAUUUUUAUGAAUCUAAUAUUUGAUUGUACUAAUAAUCAACAUGAACCAGUAGCAAAACCAAUAGUAAAUGUAGUAUUUAAUCCUAAUGUUAUAUUUUCAGCACCUUGUGAAAAAACUUGUAUUUCAGGGAAUGAUUCUUUCAGCUUUUUUAAAAUUAAUUGA